AUGGAGCUGGAGGAGGCUUUCAGGGCCGCGGGCGGGCUGGGCAUCUACCAGGGCUACUUGUGCCUGCUGCUGGCCGCACUGCUGCAGCUCUACGUGGCCACGGAGGCCAUCCUCAUCGCACUGGUGGGGGCCACGCCGGCCUACCGCUGGGACCUGGCUGAGCUCCUGCUUAAUCAGAGCCAUGGCAACUGGUCUGUCGGGGAGGCGCAGGCUCUGGGGGACUGGCUCCUGACGGCCAACGGCAGUGAAGUCCACAAGCACGUGCACUUCAGCAGCAGCUUCACCUCUAUUGCCUCUGAGUGGUUCUUAAUUGCCAACAGGUCUUACAAGGUCAGUGCUGCGAGCUCCUUCUUCUUCGGCGGUGUGUUUGUGGGUGUGAUCUCUUUUGGUCAACUCUCAGACCGCUUCGGACGGAAGAAAGUCUAUCUCACAGGUUUUUCCCUUGACAUCUUAUUUGCUAUUGCAAAUGGAUUUUCCCCCACGUAUGAAUUCUUUGCAGUAACUCGCUUCCUGGUGGGUGUGAUGAAUGGCGGGAUGUCUCUGGUGGCCUUUGUCCUGCUGAACGAGUGUCUGGGCACCGCCUACUGGGCCCUUGCAGGAUCCAUUGGUGGUCUCUUCUUUGCAGUUGGCAUUGCCCAGUAUGCUCUGUUGGGAUACUUUGUCCGUGCCUGGAGAACCCUCGCCCUUCUGGUUAACCUACAGGGAACCAUAGUCUUUCUGUUAUCAUUGUCCAUCCCUGAGUCGCCCCGUUGGUUGUACUCCCAGGGCCGGCUGCGUGAGGCCAGUGCAGCCCUCUGCCUGAUCGCCAGGAGAAACCGCAGGCUCAAGGGCACAUUCACACUGACACGGCCGGUGCAUCGCAGCUGUGAGCAGACAGGAAGCUUCCUCGAUCUGUUUCGUCACCGGGUUCUCUUGGGGCACACUCUCGUCCUGAUGUUCAUCUGGUUUGUAUGCAGUUUGGUGUAUUAUGGCUUAACUCUGAGUGCAGGGGACCUCGGUGGAAGUAUUUAUGCCAACCUGGCCUUAUCUGGCCUCAUAGAGAUUCCAUCUUACCCUCUCUGUAUCUUCUUGAUUAAUCGGAAAUGGUUCGGUCGGAAGCGGACAUUAGCGACGUUUUUGAGCCUAGGAGGGCUGGCUUGUCUUAUUGUCAUGUUUCUUCCAGAAAAGAAAGAAGCAGGGCUGUUUGCCGUAGUGAACAGCCGCUCCUUGUCUCUGCUGGGGAAGCUGACCAUCAGUGCUGCCUUCAAUGUCGUAUAUAUCUACACAUCAGAGCUCUACCCCACCAUCAUCAGGAAUGUUGGGCUUGGAACUUGUUCCAUGGUCUCCCGAGUUGGGGGGAUUAUUGCCCCUUUCAUCCCCUCACUGAAAUAUGUGCAGUGGUCAUUACCCUUCAUUGUUUUUGGAGUCACUGGUCUGACUUCUGGCCUCCUGAGUUUAUUAUUGCCAGAAACCUUAAACCGUCCAUUGCUGGAGACAUUUUCUGACCUCGGGGUAUAUUCCUAUCGAAGACUGGGUGAGGAAGCCUUAUCUCUGCAGACCUUGGAGCCUCCACAGCCUGCUGACCAAGAGAGUACUGUGGGGAGCGAGAGUGAGGAAGAAGAGUUUUAUGAUGCGGAUGAAGAAACUCAGAUGAUCAAUUGAAGUGCUCGUUCCCAUUCAGAAGUAGAGAAUCAGUCUUUGCAUAUCUGACUCAGGCAGGUUCUCCAGGGAAGCUUGAGCACUUGUGGAAUAGACUUGAACAUCCCUAGGAGGGCCGCUGUGUGUACUGAUAGUUCUACACACAGAAGUUGAAUAGGUGACUUUCUGAGAGAAGAGACCAGAGCAUGAAGGAAAUGGUUUUUUAUUUGUCUAAGAUCCUAUUUUUGUUCAGAAUCUUGACCUCCAGCUGGAGUUCAGAUCUCUAUACUACAGUGACACCUGAGUGGUUUCUGCGCAUCUGAUCACUUUGCUUUUCUUUCACCAGGGCCUACAGAUGGAUAGAUACAAUGGCUUCUCAUUAUUAGAGUGCAGUGAGAUACACUGCCCUCGAGAUUUUAUCUAUAGGUACUUUUGGAUUUGAGUUUUAUGCCAGUAUCUAAAUCAAUGACUCCUCACCAGCAAUCUCUUGAAGUCUGUUUGUAUUGGCAUGUCAUUUUAUGUGAAAGGAAAUGUGCCAAGGAGACAUUUGUGUGACCCAGGCCUUCCAGCUUUGACUGAUGAGAUCUGGGUCCUCAGUCUGGUUUCCAUCCUGGUAGUUGGCUUGAAUUCCUGUGCCUUUAGCCCCAUAGACGACUUACUAGGAGAAGCCAACUAUACCAAAGUGAUUUUCUCAGAGUCCGAGGUGUAACUUUGGCUUAGUGAGUUCCCUUUUCCUUCAGUCCUUACUUCUAAGUCUCCAGAAGAGUUUCCAGCUCAGAUUCCAGUGUCAGCAAUAACACUGGAAUUGCCAUAAAAAUUGCCUGAACACGUACAGUCACAGGUCAGGUGUUCAAAAGUAGAAUACGGUUCAAAAGUGACUGCUUAGGCUCUUAAAAUAAAACAGUGGGAGCAGAGAUACCAUUUUUAUUGUGGAAGAAAAGAAUCAUCAGCUUUCACAAUUUUUACUUUUUGUUUUUAGCAUUGUGCAAUGAUGGAUUGGGCCAACCUUUAAGAAUUUGACCUCUGUUAGCCCUGAGUUCACUCCUGACUGCGCUUAGUGAGAAUGGAAGUCAUUUCAGAGCCAAUAUUACCUGUUCAUUAAGUACCGCCAACCUUUUCAAAUAAAUCAAAACCACACUUAGUUUCCUAAAGUCACAUGCUAAAAAUAUCUUUCCCUGUAAAGCUUAACUAUUAUCUUCAAUGGAAAUAUUAACCUUGAGUUAACAAGGGCAUCCAAGUGUGAGGUCACCUUCCCAGCUGAUUAUGACCUAUGAUUACAAUUUUGGUACUACUAAUUUAUUGGAAAAAUAGAAAUUGCAUUAGAGGUAAAGGGAUGCAGUUACUGGAGUUGCUAAUGACGGUUUCUGAAUGUCUUGGUGUUAUAACCUCUGAUUAGCUUGAAUAUUGUUCUGUGCUCUUUCUCUUAUACUUCUUGGUUUAUACUGUAUCAGUGUGAACCUUUGUAGAGGUUAAAGUAUUUUCAUAUCCUCUAUUCCCUUUAUCAUGUGUUGGGCUUUUCCAAAUAGGAGCCUCAUUGCUACUAUUGAUUUUCCUCUGCUGUGCCUAGAGCAUGGGCCUGAACACAGAAAGGAUCUAGUAAAUAGUACUGCUUCUGGUCCUCAGGAAAAUUGUGGAAUUGUUCCAAGUCUUCUUUUUGUAAAUACCACGCGUAUCUAGCCCCAACCCUCAGACUGUGGAGUCCUGCUAUCUCUCUUUGGGAAUUGGAAUUCCUUCCCAUCUUCAGAAAAGAAAGAAAGAACCAAUAAAUUCUUUCCUGGCCAGAAAUUAGAAAUAUAGCAAUAACGUAUAUGAGACUUUUGGUUGCUUGGAGUUUUCUUUACAUUCCUAUUAUAGAAGGCUUGGAAAUGUGAUGAUUAAAAACUUUUAGCUCUGAGGUUGAAGUGAUAGUUAGCGGGUAGGACAUUUUCUUUGCAUAAGGCCAACAUGGUUCAAUUCUCAACCUCCCAGAGGGUCCUCCUAGCACCACCAGCAGUGAUUCCUGAGUGCAGAUCCCUCAGCACUGCUAGGUAUGGCCCAACAAACAGUGAAAACAUAAGAACUUCUAGCACCAUGGCUCAACACUCAGAGAAAAUCAGUGUUAGCACUUGGUUCUGUUUGAAGAGCAAUAGGGAAAUCCCAAAACCCAUUUCCCUGUGGGUUUUGGGAUUUCCGUUAUCUCCAGUAAAUAAAUGAAGACUCCAUCAGUGCUUUCUCUGCGUGUCCUCUUCUCUCAGCCAUGCGCUUAGAGCAGGGCAGGUGAUGCUUUUUAAGUUGGGUACCUGCUAUUCAGAUUCAGUGUGAGUCAAAUUUUGUUUCUUCCUAGAAUGUCUUUGCAUAAAACAUAAUAACUAUAGUAUUUCAUUUACAGCUUUUAAAUAAAAACAGAUUUCCCCCCCUUUGGAUAAUAAGUGUUAAAUGGUGAUUGUAGAGAAUGUACACGUGUAUAUAUUUUAUAUUAAA